CACACACCCAAACCUGGUAUAAUUCGCGACUUUAAGCCAUGGCAUCCAAAGACGGCUUGUCUAGGGAUCUGGACGCAGCUAAAAAUGUACAAAAAAAUUAUUGUUUACUGCCUGGGCCCUCUGAGCCUGGGCCCUCUGAGUCUGGGCCCCCCACUGGGGCAUGACACGUGCGCGCCUGACUUUUCUCCAUCGGUGACAUCAUGGCGAAAAGUGCGUCGCCACUUUUGUGCGCGCGGCACAAAGUUUCUCGCUCGGCCCCUGCAGCUCUAAUUACCUUACCUUAUUAGUCUGACGGCCGCACCAGACUCGAUGAUCGACGCUCCCUCGCAUUCGUGACGACACCCAGUUGCCAUGUCGGACGCAACGACAUCGCCAUCUCCGCUGCCGCAGGAGCGGCGCGAGCUGGAGGCGCAGGUCGUGUCGGAGCACCUGCCCUCGGGCUUCACUGCCGAAUUCGACGGCACAUUGCCCGCCGAAAGAACAAGCGCUGAUGCCUCCUCGUCGACCACCCCCGCCGGCACGCCGUCGCCCGCCGCCGCGCCCGAGUCGUCCCUCAAGCUGCAGGGCGGCGACAUGCACCGCGACCUCUUCAAGCUCGACGCCGCUGUCCGCGCCAAGAUGCACCGCCGAGCCAACACCUUCCACACCCCGCGCGAGUUCCGCCAGGACGACGAGGGCGACGGCCCCCUGCUGGCCGUCGGCGACCAGCUCGCCCCCGGCGGCUUCCGCCGCGCCUUCCUCCACCAGCGACACGGCCACGACUUCAUGGCCGCCCGCCUGCCCAUCACGCGCAACUUUGUCGAGUUCCUCGACCUAUACGGGAGCUUCGCCGGCGAGGACCUCGUCGACUCGGACGAGGAGGCCGUGACCGACGACGAAGACGCCGGCGUCGAGGCCGAGCAGCGCCCGCUCCUCGGCCGCCGCGUGAGCUCGCGCGCCGCCCGGUCGCGCGCCGCCCGGUCGCGCACCGCCACCGCCGGCACCGCCAAGACCUUCUUCACCCUCAUCAAGGCCUUUGUUGGCACCGGCAUCAUGUUCCUGCCCAAGGCCUUCGAGAACGGCGGGCUGCUGUUCUCGUCGGUCGCCAUGCUCGCCGUGUCCAUCGUCACCAUGCUCUCGUUCCACCUGCUGCUGCGGUGCAAGACGCAAUACGGCGGCGGCUACGGCGAGCUGGGCCACGCCAUCGCCGGCGACAAGAUGCGCAGCCUCAUCCUGGCCUCGGUCGCCCUGUCCCAGAUCGGCUUCGUGUGCGCCGGCAUCGUCUUUGUGGCGGAGAACCUGCUCACCUUUCUUGAUGCCGUCACGCGCGGCCACAGCCCCCUGUCCACUUUUUGGAUCAUCGUCGUCCAGCUCGUCGUGCUCGCCCCGCUGUCGUGGAUCCGCAACAUCUCCAAGCUCGGCCCCACGGCCCUGCUCGCCGACGUGUGCAUCCUCAUCGGCGUCACGUACAUCUACUCGUUCGACUUCGGCGCGCUCGCCGCCCAGGGCGUGCAUGAGACGGUCGUGCUCUUCAACCCGGAGAAGUACACGCUGAUGAUCGGCGCGUCCAUCUUCGCGUUCGAGGGCAUUGGGCUGAUCCUGCCCAUCCAGUCGUCCAUGGCCGAGCCCGAGCACUUUGAGUGGCUGCUGGGCCUGGUCAUGCUGAUCAUCACCGUCAUCUUCACGUCGGUCGGCGCGCUGUGCUACGCCACCUUUGGCACCUUUACGCAGAUCGAGAUCAUCAACAACUUCCCGCACGACAGCGCACUGGUCAAUGCCGUGCAGUUCCUCUACUCGGUCGCCGUGCUCGUCGGCACCCCUGUGCAGCUGUUCCCCGCCCUGCGCAUCAUGGAGGGCAACCUGUUCGGCCGCCGCUCCGGCAAGCGCAGCCUGCGCACAAAGUGGAUCAAGAACGGCUUCCGCCUGGCCGUGCUGGUCGUCUGCGGCGCCCUCGCCGUCGUGGGCACGGGGCAGCUUGACAAGUUCGUGGCGCUGAUUGGGUCCGUUGCCUGCGUCCCUCUCGUCUACAUCUACCCGGCGUAUCUGCACUAUGUGGGCGUGGCCACGACGCCCCGCGCCAAGGCCGGCGACCUGGCCAUGAUUGUGCUGGGGAUUGUCUGCAUGAUCUGGACGACGUCGGUGACCAUUGUGUACAGUUUCAUGUCAUGAUGCCGCGGCCUACCGGAUUUGAAUAAGUGUGCGUUUGUAAUUGGCUGCCGAUUAACUGCAUGCGGCGUGGCGCAGAAAGCAUGUAAAUUUACAUGGAUGAGUGGAUAUGCAUGAGCCUCUGGAUAGAGCGCACUUUUAUUUAGAAAUAGAAUAACUAGAUUAUCGGUGCGAAGCGUAUUCUGG